CUCCGCGAUGUGCCGCCGAGUCCAGGUCGAUGUCCCUCACUCUCGUUGCCCCUCACGUCGCGCAUCACGGGGCGCGGGCACGCGCGAGGUGCCUCCAGGCAUCCAGGGGCGGGGGCCCUGUGGGCCGCCCCGGCUCGAGACGUGGCCCUUCGCGGAGCCCCGAGCGCUCCCAGGAGCCCGCGCGCGCCCCCUUCGGCGGGCCCUCGCGGGCCUCCCGACCGCGCCCACGGAUGGUCGCCGCGGGAGGCAGCCACACGGUGCUGCUCAGGAGCGACGGCACGGCCGUGGCCUUCGGCGCGAAUCUCUACGACCAGUGCAACGUGCCGGCGCUGGACGGUGGCCUGAGCUACACGCAGGUCGCCGCGGGAUACCUCCACACGGUGCUGCUCAGGAGCGACGGCACGGCCGUGGCCUGCGGCGCGAAUGACCGCGGCCAGUGCAGCGUGCCGGCGCUGGACGGUGGCCUGAGCUACACGCAGGUCGCCGCGGGAUAUCGCCACACGGUGCUGCUCAGGAGCGACGGCACGGCCGUGGCCUUCGGCGCGAAUGGCGCCGGCCAGUGCCACGUGCCGGCGCUGGACGGAGCGCUGACGUACACGGCGCGCGUGCUCGUCGGCGCGACGCUGCUCCUGCAGGCGUCGCUCGACGGCGGCGCGGUGCGCUUCCUGACCCUGGGCGGGGUGGAGCGCUGCCGGGUGCGGGUGGCGCCCGGCGCGCCGCUCGCUGGCGUGCGCGACUGGCUGGCGGGCGAGCUGGGCGCGGGCAGGCUGGGCCCCGGGCUCGGCCGCGCCGACGCGGCCCUGCCAGGCGGACGGCUCCUGAGCGGGGCCUCGGCGGGCGAGACCGUCGCGGACGCCUUCGGGUUGUAGACAUGUGAUAGGAGGGAAGCACACGACUUGACCGGGGAAAAGAUCGAGAG